AUGUCCAGCACAUCGUCUCGCUCCUUGUCGGAAUCUAGAUCACCGCCACCACGGUCGAGGAGGAGAAAGUCGAGCAGGGGUCGCUCACCAUCCUUCAGCAGCGAUGAAGAUUCAGCAUCCAAACGAAGGGCCUCUCGUGCUCGCGAGGCGCUGGAACAAGAGACCAAGGCCAAGGAAACGGCAGCCAAGGGGGAAGCUUUGCGGUCCACGCUAGCACAACUCUCAGCAACAAAAGCAGGAGGCGCGUAUAUUCCGCCAGCUCGAUUGAGAGCGCUCAUGGCCGAAGCUGCAGCAGCGGAUCCCGGCAGCGUGGAGUACCAACGCAUGAGCUGGGACGCUCUCAAGAAAAGCAUCACCGGUCUCGUCAACAAGGUAGCAACCGAAAACAUCAAAAGCAUUGUACCCGAGCUCUUUGGCAGCGCCAACCUCAUUCGCGGUCGUGGUCUCUACUGCCGCUCCAUCAUGCGUGCUCAGGCUCUCUCCCUGUCGUUCACGCCCGUAUUCGCUGCGCUCACAGCCAUCGUCAACACGAAGCUCCCCAUGGUCGGUGAGUUGCUCAUCACCCGCCUCGUUUCCCAGUUCAGACGCUCCUUCAAGCGCAACGACAAAGCGGUGUGCAAUUCAACGGCCAUGUUCAUCGCUCAGCUCGUCAACCAGAGGGUGGUCCACGAAGUGCUAGCCCUCGAAAUCCUCGUGCUUCUUCUCGAGAAGCCCACAGACGACAGUGUCGAGAUUGCCGUUGGCUUCAUGCGCGAGGUAGGCGCUUUCCUGACCGAAGAAGCGCCAAAGGCUAACAACAGCAUCUUUGACCGCUUCCGCGCUGUCCUCUACGAGGGCGAGAUCAGCAAACGAGUGCAGUAUAUGAUUGAGGUGCUUUCGCAGGUGCGUCGAGAGGCAUUCAAGGAUAAUCCGCGCAUCCCAGAAGGACUUGAUCUCGUCGAAGAAGACGACCAGAUAACCCACCGUGUCAGCCUGGAUGACCAGCUCAAUGUCGAAGAGGGUCUUAACGUCUUCAAGAAAGAUCCCGAGUUCAUCGAAAACGAGGAGCGGUAUCGGUCCAUCAAGGCCGAGAUCCUGGGAGAGAACUCGGAUAGCGACGACAGCGGCUCUGAAGCCGACAGCGAGUCUGGUUCCGACUCGGACGAGAGCGAUGAUGGUGGCAACGAGGACGACGCACAACGCCAGCUCGAGAUUCACGACAAGACCGAGACCAACCUCAUCAAUCUUCGAAGGACCAUCUAUCUCACCAUCAUGUCCUCACUCGACUUCGAGGAGAGCGUUCACAAACUUCUCAAACUCGAAACGCCAGAGGGGCAGGAUAUCGAGCUGUGCAACAUGAUCGUCGAGUGCUGUUCGCAGGAGAGGACCUACAGCAAGUUCUAUGGCAAUAUGGCCGAGCGAUUCUGCAAGCUGCACCGCAAGUGGUCCGACACCUUUGCUCAGAGCUUCAGCAACUACUACGACACCAUCCAUCGGUACGAGACGAAUCGGCUGCGCAACAUUGCACGGCUCUUCGGCCAUCUCUUGUCGACAGACAGCAUCAGCUGGGCCUCGCUUUCCGUCAUCCACAUGAAUGAAGAGGACACCACCAGCAGCUCGAGAAUCUUUGUCAAGAUCAUGUUCCAAGAGUUGCAGCAGCAGCUGGGUCUCAAGGAGCUCGCAGAACGCUUCAAGGAGCCAAGUCUGCAAGAAGACUGGAAGGGGCUUUUCCCGAAGGACAACCCCAAGAGCACCCGUUUCUCGAUCAACUAUUUCACUUCGAUCGGCAUGGGUGUCUUGACGGAGGACAUGCGAGAGUACCUCAAGAACGCACCUAAGAUCUUGCUGGCUCAACGACAAGCAGCGCUGGCAGCACGAGGCUCAGACGACAGCGACACCGAUUCAUCCAGCGUCCCGCUCGCGCUCGUACUCGAGCCGAUCCUACUCUUCACGCAGUCGCAGCCCACUGCCGACUCGGCGUCGCGGCAGGAGCCGUACAAGAUCCGCAUCGUACUCAUCGUACUCGUCGAGAUCAAGAUCCAGAUCCAGAGAGCGGUCGAUCUCACGCUCCAUCACUCCUCGACGCUCGUAUUCGCGCUCGCUCUCGCGUUCGUCCUACGACUCUAG